AUGGUCAGAGAGCUUCCUCAAGAGAUAGAUCUCAACGCCCUUCCAUGUACCAUCACGAAGGUACUGACCAAAAGCGAUGUUAACGGUCUAAGCCGACUUCUACUAGAGACAAGCGCCGUGGAGACACACAUCCUGCCAAAUCUCUCUGAAGAUGAUCAAAACAAAAUCCAAGACGGAGUCGGAGUUGACGUUGAAGUGUUUGACGAAGACACAAGGACUGAACACAAGCUGACCCUGAAGAGAAUGGUCUACACAACAAGAAGCUAUGUUCUCAACGGUGUCUGGAUUAAACAGUUUGUCCAAAGGAGAGAGCUGAAGAGAGGAAACAGGAUUGGCUUCUUCUGGAAUGGUUUUUCUUCUAGACUUCACUUUUGCGUGCUUCCUUAG